AUGACUUCCCUUCUUCUCCAAGACGCUGUAAGACACCAGCGUUUUGAGGCCUACCUAUACGCGCUCUACAACCACAUCGCCACGAUCCAGUCGAUGACCGUCGAACUUCUACCGAAAGAUAAGACCGGACCAUAUGUCGGUGCUUUCUUGGCCCCUCAGCCCUUAUUGGGUUUCAACCUUGCCGAGACUGAGGAUCCCGACCCCGACUUGUUGGAGGCCGGCGCAGUUACUGCUGAGGCUGCCGAACAAGCCAGACGAUCCGGCAAGCUCAUUGGGGAUUUCGCUCGCGUCCUCGGUCUGGCUGUGAAUACCGAUGGACUUCCCUCAAAGCACAAACGCCAUUUCCCCCUCUCGCGUCAGAUCAUCGACAUCUGGGAACUGAAAGGCCUCUACCAAGUCUCCGAUUGGCUUUCCGAGGAGGAGGUGUACGACAUCGCGGAGGGGGUGAUGAAAUCUUCCUUCGAGCAGGUCUACAAUCAAGCCAUGAUCGAAUUCCUCCACAACCCUGGACUCAAUCAACUCUAUUCCUUCUUGAUCGUCGGCAGUCGGUUCGCGCAACUCCUCUGGAAGCGCCCCAAAGAUCUGAACGAGGACACGUUCACGAAGGGUUUGAAGGACAUCCCAAUUCCUCCCAACGUCCCGACCCUGGCAGAGGGAGUGCUGGCCCAGUUCGCAGAGCAAAUUUCGAUUUUCCGUAACCGAGCGCUGCCUGAAGUGCUAUACGCCAACGAGCCCGUGUUUGUCGCUUUGGACCCUAAAGAAUCCCGAUGGCACAGUACGAAGAAGAAGAUGUUGUCAGCUCGCUACCAGGCGGUUGGCCUCUCACCCGCAUUCCUUCAAGCCUUGGAGCGCCCACUCGUUGUGCACUUCAAAUCACUUGGACGUACUUGCACCCUCUUCGCUCCACCGGGUGGGUUUGUCACAGCUAACCCUCCCUCCGGCAACCCGGACGACCUACUAAACUUUCGCAGCCUGAUCCAGGACUAUAUCCAAGAAGAACCUGCCGAGAGGCUGAGGGAGAGAUUGUUAGCCGCAGGAUUCGUAGAACGAGUACGAGAGACCGGAGGGGCUGACACGGAGGACGAGGCAAGUAGCACGUGGGAGACAGCCUCGCUUUCCCAAGCGAGCAACUCUUCCACCGAUACAGGAGCGACCAACGACUACAUCCCAUCGGAUUCGGAGACUGCGGAGACUGCACCAGCGGGAAUGCUUGUGCGCAUAGACGGAAUUGUGCACCAACGGGAGGGGCAGCUGGGGCAGGGCGCGACUCUGAAGAAAGAGGGAUGCACCGGUCUGCACAGCGAUAUACGAGAUGUGUACAUGCCCUGCGCCUCGCAACAUGAGGUGCAGUGCGACGUUGGUGGUGUGCGCGUUGAUACGAGAAGACAGACGCAAGAAAACUUCGAGAACUCACCUGGAAGGAGCAGGAACAUGCUCGGCAGAGUGCGUCCCAUCCAGAACGGCAGGUGCCAGAACUAUGUGCAUGACAGCAGCGCAAACAUGACUAAUUUUUGGCCGUGCGAAUCGUCAACGAAGAGCACGACGCAGAACUUGACAGAGGAACGCGUUCGUAGACGCAAGGACCAGGCGCACUGCUAA